GCAACGAGAUUUCUGAACCCAUUAUCGACCCUCCUCCGUCCAGCUUUGAUGACAACUGUGACAGCGUGGGACCCUCCCUCGAGGAAGGGCCAGCUGAUAGGCCGGAAGGACCUACACGAGCGCGCGUUAUCAAGUCUCCCAUGAAGAAAUGGAAGCCGUUUCGUUCGUUGUUUUUACAAGAGCUUAUCCGACACGAUGGACGCGGCGAUCAUAUCGGCGAUGCACACUGUCCACGAUGUGGCGUCGGAGUGCCGAACUACCGCUGUAUAGACUGCCAUGGCGGUAUAAUGUACUGCGAUUCUUGCAUGGUUCAGAAGCAUACUGAGGCACCUCUUCACCGUGUUAAGAAGUGGAAUGGCGCAUACUUUGAACAGACAUCACUCCGGACGCUCGGCUUGCGUGUUCAGCUCGGACAUCCUCCCGGGACUCGCUGCAUGAAGCCGAAAGCCGCUCUCAAGGACGAUUUUGUGGUGGUUCACGUCAAUGGUAUUCAUCAAGUUGGUGUUGACUACUGCGACUGCGAGUCCAUUACUGGAGAAAUGGAACAACUUCUUCGGGCCAGGUGGUUUCCAGCGACGGUUGAUGAGCCGAAGACCGCAGCUACUUUUGAAGUUCUUGAACAAUUUCAUAUCCUCUCCCUCGAGUCUAAAUCUUCUUCGUAUGAGUUUUAUCAAAGUCUCGCUCGUCUUACAGAUAAUACCGUUGAAGGUAAACAGCCAAAAGAUCGAUACGAGGCGUUCAUGCGUAUUAUGCGACAAUGGAGACAUCUCAAGAUGCUUAAACGUGCUGGUCGAGGUCACGUUGAAGCUGACAUAGAUGCAACGCCCGAACGAUCGUGCGCAUUAGAGUGUCCUGCAUGCCCUCAUCCCGGAAAAAACCUUCCAGACAACUGGGAUCAAGCGUCGCCACUAAAAUCGUGGCUGUACGCGUGCUUCGUCGCAAUAGACGCCAACUUCCGCCUGAAACGCCGUUUGGUUUCGUCAGAGGAAUCAGACCCCAGCCUUGGAGAUGGGCUGGCUUAUGUGGUUAAAGAAGGGCCGUACAAGAGCUGGCUUUCAAGCGAGCCAGAUCUUGCGCAAGCGCGGAGUUCCUGCUCCAGCCACAAGGCCGUUUCUAUGGCCAACACCAAGGCAUCUCAAGGCCUGGCGGCGACUGGCGUCGGCACCAUCGACUGUGCCCGACAUAAUAUGAAAUUACCAGGUGGCGUAGGUGAUCUGCAGAAGGGUGAACGAUAUAUCAACAUGGACUACCUCCUUUUUUCAGCUCUAAGGGAUACUCGGCUUCGCGUAUUCAACAUUUCGUAUGAUAUAUGUUGUCAAUGGCACAAGAAUUUGGGCAAGCGAGUCCAGAAAUUACCCUCCCACAUUGCCUUUGAGAUGUUUGCUCGCACGUUUCAUUUCUUGGUACCAAAAUUCCAUUUGCCGGCCCACAUUUCUUCUUGCCGCACUCGUUUUUCCUUUCACUACACUGUCGGCGUGGGGAUGACAGACGGUGAAGCCCCUGAACGUGGCUGGGCCAAUAUCAACCCUGUCGCCACAAGCAUCAAGGAAAUGGGCCCUGGGCAUCGUAAAGACACCCUCGACGAUCACUUCGGCGACUGGAACUGGAAGAAGAUCGUCGGUCUGGGCGAGACACUGGGUAGAAAACUUACGAGGGCCAUCACUCAAAGGAGCUGGCACACAGGUGAUCUAGAGGACAUGGAGCAACGAGUAUCCGCAGAAACCAUCUCAGAAUGGCGUCGAGAGGUCGAGUCAUGGGAAAUCACUCAGACUGAUCCAAACCCGUACGAAAGCAGAACUCAAAACCUAACUCUCCUUGACGUUCGUCUUGCGCUUGCAAAACGGGAGGCCAAGGAAAUUAGUCGAGGCUCCCCCCUCAUUCACUCAGACAUCACCCCAGGCGCACUGAUUGCUGCAGGUAUCGAUAUUGAAGCUCAACAGCAUGACAAGGUUAAUGUACAGAACCGUGCCAAUACUCUCCGCAUUCGCAUCGAUAAUUGGGUAAAAUCCCAAGCCAUCCAUAUCCCAGCCGUGGUCAUGCAACGCGCAUUAUCCGACUCGUCUCGCAGCGACGCUCCGGAGAAGUUUACCCUGUGGUUACCGUCUGAGCUCCCGGCCAGAGCUGCUUGUAGCGAUAAGCUACGAGAGAUCGAAUGGGAUCUACGAACGGCGCAGGCCAUGGACGCGCUCAGCGAUAUUCGACAGCUCUUGCAAUAUAGAUCGUACCUUUUCAAGUACAAGGACCGGCACCUACGUGGGCAGACAUCAAAUACGCGUGCAUUGAGCACCAUCAAGGGCGUCGAAGCGAAGACUGAUGGACACAGAGAUACGUACCGUGCCGCUCAUAGAGCCCUAUCACGUUUGAAACCCCUCCUUCGAAAACCCGCACUACCCCAUGGAUUACGUGUCCUUCGAGACCAGGAUAUCCGAGCGAUGCCAGAGAAGGAGGGAGGGGAAGCGGAAGGCAGUCGGAGGAUAUCUUGGAUAUGGAUCGCAUCGAGCGCGCUUGAAGAUGGUAGCGACGAAUCACUGCAUGAUAGAAUACGCACCGAAUGGUGCAAAGCUAGGGCAAGGACUAAACGGUGGAGUGAGGAAGUGGAACUGUUAUUGGAGGAGAUGCGCCGCACCAUAUCCUACUUCUCGUGGCAAGCUAGCAUGUGGGAUAAAUACGCGUCGUCCCAGCUUGAUAGGACGGACGUGGACCAAGAAGGGAGCCGCGCUUAUGCCAUAAGACAAGCUGCUCUCCGACGAAGUCUUGCCGGUCGCUUUGUGGACCGCUGGAAAGGCCCCGUAUCAGAGCUGAGCACUGCUACUGCACCUAUAGAGACUGUAGAUUAG